UACUGGGAAGAGCGUCCAAAACCAGAGGAUCGAGCGGCUCUGGAGGGACAUGUAUUCUGCAUGUACCAAUGUGUUCCACCAGCUCUUCCAACAUCUAGAGGAGACGGGUCGCUUGGACCUGAGCUCCGAAGUACACAUGUGGUGCUUACACCUGGUGUAUGUUCCACUCAUUCAGCGGGCCUUAGACCGCUUCCGUGACGGAUGGAACUGCCACAGACUGAACGACAGACGCAGCAGAACAGCAACAACCAACGGCUGUCACGCCGACGGCAACGUCAAGACCGCUACAAUCAAAUGCAGCCGCUCGAAUGCAGCAGGCAACACAACAGCACCAGACUGUUCAGUCUACAGGGUUUGUCGACGCAGGGACGCCGACAGUUCAGUUCCGGGUCUCCACAAGGACGUUGAUAGAUGUGACUAGGGAUGUUUCUCAACCAGAAGACGAAUAUGGAGACACUGAGGUACCUGAAAUAAGAACGUCAACAAGUUCAGGACCUGUGACAACAUCUGAAGAACUCACGCAGAUGCUGCGCGAGCAAGCGAGGACAUGCAUCAGACAGACAGAUGAAGAUCCACUGACACUGGAGGUUCGCAGGAAUUUUGUGCUGCGGGAUGCUCUCCAGUAUAUAAGAGUUUCACAGGAGGACCUACACAGCCCCCUGCACAUCCGCUUCCUGGGAGAACAAGGCAUCGACCUGGGAGGGUUGAGAAGAGAAUUUUGGACACUUUUUCUGUACCAGGUGUCUCAUUCGACAUUUAUAACUGGACGACCGGGACGUCUGGCCUUCCAGAAGAAUUUCAUUGAACAACGUAAGCGGACAUUCUACUAUCUUGGGCAGUUAGUAGCACUGUCCGUCUUACAGGACGGUCCCGGUCUGCCGAUUUUCUCGGAUAUAGUGACCGACUACAUCCUGGACCGUGACCGUAGUGUAGUGAGCGAGGGGGAUCUGCCAGAGCACCUUGCUCAGCUGAUAGAACAGAUGAAGGAGGCCGAUAGUGACGCUGCAGCACAAACACUCUUCCAACAGAUGUUUGAUGAAGCUUGUACUGCUGGGUUUCUAAUCCCAUCCACCAGCUUCAACAAGAGCUUCAUACCAGCCCUGGUUGGUGCCCUAGUCAAUAACCUGGUUGAGAGCAGUCGGGUUGAGCUUGACCAGUUUGUCGAUGGACUGAAGACUCAUCAGGUCCUUGAGUUGCUGCGUUUGAGGCCUGAUGAUAGCUACUGCAUAUUCAGCGGCCGAACAAAACCGGUGACUGUAGAAGCAGUUCGCUUGCUUUUGCAUUUCCGAUAUCGGACUGGGAAUCAUGCAGAAACUGAUCAGCAGACAGCUCAAGGUUUUCUGACGUUCCUCCGAGCUACCAAAGGAUCAACUGCAUCUGUCAACGGGGUUAAGCUACAGCCGAAUGACGUGCUGAUGUGGCUGACGGGAUCAGCGACAAUGCCGGCAGUGGGCUUCCAUAAAGUUAUUGAUGUGGAAUUUGGGGACACGCUUCGGGUUAACACAUGUGCCCUGGUGUUGACGCUGGCUGAAGUGCCACGCGAAGUUGAAGAUGUUGUGCAACAUUACUCCGAACUGCUCAUCAAUAGCCAGACAUUUCAAGCGGAAUAAUUUCCCAAGAUAGUUUAAUACAUCAUGACUCAUUAGGAAAUUGUGUUAUAUUCCUUUUCAUGGGUAUAUAUGGAACGGUUUUCGGUAAAAAUCAUUCGUGGUGAAUAUUUACAUUAUGACUGAUGUUAAUUCUAAUAUGCUUCAUGACAAUUCCAAACAUGCCGGUUGUCUAUUCGUUUAUACUUUAUGAUUGUGGCAACAUUACAUCAUUGAUGGUGAAUAUAUACAUUAUUCCUGAUGUUAAUUCUAAUAUGCUUCAUGAAAAUUCGAACAUGCUUGUUGUCUUUUCGGUUAUACUUGAUGAUUGUUGCAACAUGCUUGGUGACUUUCCAA